GCAGAAAUUUGGAGAAUUCCUUUCAGUGACCACACCAAACUCUCCAGUCACAUGCCCUCUUUUUCCUUUCCGUCCUUCUGCUAAAUAAGGAAUUACUAUUUGAGUGGGGAAACAGAGAAAAGGCAAAAGGGGGCGGGUCGUAGAGUGAAAUAAGAGGACCUGAAGGCGUAUCUCUCUCUCUCACUUGCUCCCUGUUUCUGUUGAAUGUGGUGAAGUCAUAUAUCUCAGACAAGGGUGUUUGCUCUAUUUAUGUUGGCAGUUUUGUACAGUGUACUUUGCACUGCGUUGUAAGAAAGAAGAAGAGGAAGAAAAGGGAAGAUACACCUCAAACCCAGACUCACCUGUAUUCACCUGAAAGCUACUUAACAAAGUGAGUAAACUCUCCUCCCUCUCAUGUUGUUUUCGGUCUUAAAUCUCUUCUUGAAUUCUCUGAUUUUGUAUUGGCAGCGUUUACUUGAUUUUGUGGCUAACUCUCAGCAGGAAGCAUGAGAAGCAAAGUGUAAUGUACCACCCUGUGCACCCCACCCUCGCUUCCUUGCAGUUUUCCUCCUCUAUACUUAUGUUUGAUCAGUACAGGGUUUAACACAGAGUUAAUGUUCAGUCUUUUUCCACGUGGAUUAGAUGGCUCCUGAAUGACCCGCCCGUCUGUACAUUCUUUUGUUAUGAAAUCCUGUUUCUAAUCUACCUUUUCCUCUUGGUGCUCUCUGCACAAUGUGAGGCCUUUCAGAUUUAGAGGCUCAGCCUCUUACAAAUCUGUCAUCAGGGACCCGUACUGUCUGCAGUUCAUAAUCAAAUGUCUUUCACUGGUUUGAUGUUUUCUUUAACUGCUGGUUGAAGAUACGGUUGUUAAACUCAGCAUGUGUUUAUCACAUAUGGUGUCAUGUUUAUGGACCAUGGCACUUUAGUUUGUGCAAGAGAGAGAUAGCUGUAAGGACUGUGAGGCGAUGUGCAGGCUGUUCUCAGUGAUAAAGUGGAAUAACAAAGUGCUGAUUUAGCAGCAGCUCGGACUGUGUAUCAGGUAUGAACACCGUACUAAGUCAUUUGAAUUACACAUUCAGAUCACAGAAUAACCACUCAGGCUUAUGCUGACUAAAUGAAUUACAGAUAACCCCAUAAGUCACGUUUGUAUCAAGUUGACUGAUAUAUGUCUCAUACAGCGCUGGUGCCACGCCAAAAAAGUUGUGAAACAUCUCUAACUGGAUGACUGCAUGUAACUAUGAUACAUAAGUUGAAGAAUUUGGGUGGGAGGUGAGAGUGACGAACAUUAAACCAAUAAACGGAGCUGCAGUUGAGUAAUUCCCUUAACCCUGAAAUGGUUUACAGGAGCAGGCCAGUGGGCUGGACAAAGGGAAGAGUUUGCUCAGGUAUUAAGGAGAGGCUACAGGUAGAACACAGAUGCAUGGAGGCUUAUUGGGUACUGAGGGAUAAAACUUCAUCAUUUAAAAAGAAGGUAGUCUAUUACUAUUUCAAUUUUGAAAAGUUGGGUCACAAAGCAAAGGGUUUUUUGUACUUUGGUUGAGAUAAUUUGCUAUGACUCCAACAAAUGAUACAAAUACAAAUGUACAAAUACAAAUGUAGUCAAUAGCAGGAGUGCUCAGUAAAGCAGGAAAUGACAAACGGCAUGCAAAACCACAUUAGAGACCCUUGAAAGCUAAUUUGGUCCAUAGGUGACAAGUUCACUCAUGAAGGUUCGCUUAUUGCAACAAAUUUAAAUCAUGGCCGUCAAAUAAAGAAUUUUAGAUUGAGAUUUAGUUGCUGAAUUUAAAAAACAAAAGAAAUUAAUCACAUGUUUUGAUGCAUGUCCAUAUUACAGAUGUAAAUCAAUGCAUCCCUGAGACUCUUUUCUUCUGCAAUGUUGCCACCCCUAUCAGUUAGCACUUGAGUCAACCCUCUUGAUUCAGUUUCAGUGAAAAUGAGAGUACUCCAAACAAAAGCUCUGGUGGCGUUUGUGAAAUGGUUGCCUGCUGACAUCAGUCUAAUCAGCUGCUCUUGUAUGCUAAGCUUGGAGGUGGGAGCUUAAACUGAAACUACUUUGGGGAUAUUUUAAUUUUGUUUGUCAAAAGUGCAUAUUACUUUUGACUUGUCAAUCGAGUUCUGUGGGAAUUUUUUGGCACAUGAAAUGUGGUGUUCAGAAACACAGUGAUGGUUCCAUUCAUAGCAUGAAGCAGGAAAUAGGAAGAUGCUGCAGCAGCUGAACUACUGUGUGCUGAAAGGGACAAAAUUGCUUGUGUUCAUAAUGAGAAGCUAAUUUUGUACCUUAGUCGCAUUGGGAUUCAGACUAAGAGCUCCAAUUUAAACCAAGCACUGAUUCACCUUACAGUAAGGUGACCAGAUGUCAGACAGUCCCCAUACUGGAUGACUUGUCCCCGACUAAAGCUGUCCUCGGAAAUGUCCCUGAUUUAAGCGUUUCAUGAAUGAGAACAAAAAUGUUGUGUGUAGACUAGAAUAAUGGUUAUUACAGUAGCCGCAAGUAGGAAGGAAGCACAAGUAACCAUGUUGUGCGCAGUCCUGAACAACAGUUUUAUGGGGGGUUAUUACAGGGGCAUGCGCUGCUACUAUGUUGUCUAUGAUCACGCAGCCCAUGGCCCUCCAGCCCCCAGCCCCCAACCCCCAAACCCCCCGCUCCGGACGUCCCCGGGUUUCAUUUCAGAAAUUUGGUCACCUUACAUUACAGACACAUUCAAUAAGAUUCGGAGUUGUGACACAGAUAACAGAGGACGAACAACAUCAAUUUUGUGUCACUGCAGUGAAGAUUCGGGUUAUUGAUUAUUGAUGAACCUCUUUGACAGAUUAGCCAAAGAAACAACAUAGAAUGAUCUUGUUGGCUAAUCAAUGGGUUAUGACUUAUUCUUCUACAUCAUAAUUAGAAAUAACCUCAGCGACCCCAGCUGCACACAAACUGAUGUUUAUCUACAUCUUGUUUUUCGUGGGAGUUUGUAGCUGUGACUCUAUGAUUACAAGAAGUUCCCCAGCAACAUCUGAGCCACACCCGGUUGAUUUCUCAAGUGUGAAGUUUUAUGUAAUCUUCCUACAUACCUGCACAAACUCCAGUUUACGAGCUCAUGCCACUGCAGCAUACUUUAAAGUGGCUAUCCCGGUUGACAGACACAUGGCAGACAUGAUUAAACUGAACACACCAAUGUGGAUGAACCACAUCCAACCCGAUCAGUGUUUGACAUGUGCAGAUCAGAGAUUCAGCUCUGGCUUCAUCAUCCCUCUUUGUUCACUACAUGCAGAGAGAAAAGUCCAGAUGUUUGCAGCUGUUGGAUGUUCUCUGGGCGUGCCAGGACAGCACAGAUGGAUUAUCGUACGAUUAAGAAAGAGACUUACAGUGUUUGGAUGUUUAGAUCCUUACUUCACCCUCGUCACUCGUUUUGGAAAUACUGAGCUAACAGGAAGCCAUUUCUCUUCCACAUUCCCACAUAACCACUGCAACCUCAGACAAUGAACAGUGUGAUCUAUGGCAGCGAGGGCUCCAAUGUGUGAGCCAGUCAACACAAACACAAUUUGUCAAACCAUCAACAUACAUUGCGUAAGACUGUCAAUCCUCAGUUUUUGUGAAGGGUGGAAAAGGUGUGCCUCUCUGCCCUGGAGAAUCAGAAAUACUUUCUGUCUUUCGACUUCAAUGCUUAGAAAAAUGUAACAGGGGUUGUUACACAGAUGUAGGUUUCACACAUGGUAUUGCCAGACUCUUUAAAAUUAUGAUGACUAUGUACAGUUUCCCAAAGUUGGCAAGACAUGUGCAUACCACACAGUGGUGCACAUGGCAUGAGACGUAAGAGAAGGAGGAUUUUCCUAUCAGCUCUAAACAUCUCCAUAUGUUAUCUGCCUUCUUGGAUUAAAACUUUCUUAUGUAACUCCAUUAUUCAGAUCUGGUAAAGCAAUAACUGCAGCGUGGCAGUUAGCAUAACAUCCCGGGCUUUCAUGAUUUAACAAGCUGUUUGUGUUCUUUUUAUUUUUUGCAUAAAGGUCGUUCCCAUAGUGAGCAGCUGCGUGUUUUUUUGUUUAGAGUCCACAUAACUACCUUUGUCAGGGAGGGAGGAAGGAAAUGACAGUUCAAUGUGCAAACAGGAUGCAGGGAGCGGGGCAGUUCUGCUGAAGUCAACAGGAAGCUCAAACAGCAUUAAUAAUUGAGAUUCACUAUAAAGACCCACAGGGAAUGACAGAGCAAAUUCUCAAUCAAAAAUGAUAACAUUACUGUCUUGUCAGUGGAAACAAAGAUUUCCAGUUUGUAAUAGUGGUAAUGGUUAGUAAAUCUAAAUCUGCAAUUUAAGUUAGCAGAGGCUUUUGUUUAAAGUCAUGUAAAAGGUAUAUAAAAUUGGCAGAUUAUGCUCAAGUUAGAUGUGCUCUGCUCUUUAUUUUUAAUUACUUUUUUAUUUAUUUCCAUUGAAAUAAAAAAGAUCAUUUUUACAUCCAGGCAGGUGCAUGGCAUAUAUGUUGGAUAUAAGAUUGCAGCCAACAGCCUGUUAGCUUUUCUUUGGCAAGACGACUGCCCAUCAGCAGCUUUCCUGUUUUUGUCUUUCAAGGAACCAACGUUUGCUUGCUAGCACUACCAAAUCUCAUAAACACAUUAUAGCAUCUGUGUUUGACUAAUAAAUAGAAAGAAAAAUGUAAAAUUACACCUCAGCUCCUGAAGGUUACUGCUACCUUCUAAGCGAUGGUCUGGCAAUCAUAAUAAUAACUCUGAAAUCAUGUUGGCAUAUGUGUUUUGAUUUAAUUAUUAUUAUUUUAAAUGAAAAAGGGCUUACUGUUUCCCCUCUUUCUUGUCUGUACAGCCUAAGCUAACUCCACAUUUGCUCUAGUCAGCAGAUGGUUACAACAACACUUAAGCUCUCUAACAGAUAUAUAUGCAUAUAAAUUCAGAUAUAUAUGUAUAUAUAUAUAUUUUUUUUAAUAAGGAUUUCAAACCACAGCAGGUACUUUAAAAUACGUUUUUUCUUUUCCCAAUCUCAUGAUUUGAACUAAAAAAGUUAAGCCAGACAAAAUCAUCUCUUAAGUAUACCAACCACAGGCUGAGUAAUGCAAGGACACCCUGCCGGUGACCUCUCUCUUUGGUUUCCAGAGAAAUGAUAUCAAGCCCAAGAAUGACUAAUAUACAUGAAUACACAACACACUCACAGCAGUCAGAUAGAGAGUGGCUGAAAUGGUAUUUGCUAAGAGUAGUGAUAAGAACAGGAAAAGAUAUGAAAGUAAAUUUUGUAACAUUUUUGGACACAGUAUUCUCUCUCUUUAACACUAACUCUCCCUCCCAGCAGGAUCAGAAUGGCAAACAAAGGUCCAUCCUACGGUUUCAGCCGCGAGGUGCAGAAUAAGAUUGAUAAGAAAUACGACCCGGAGCUGGAAGAAACGCUGGUACAAUGGAUCAAGGCUCAGUGUGGCCCUAAUAUUGGCGAGCCUGAGCCCGGCAAGACUGGUUUCCAAACCUGGCUCAAGGAUGGAUGUGUAAGUUUCGGCUUAGCAUGACCACAGCACUGCUCUUUCAAAAUGAACCCCAUAUUUAGUGCUUCUCCUCUGUGUCUGAGUAGGUGCUGUGUGAGCUCAUCAACAGCCUAAAUAGCAGCACUAAGCCAGUAACCAUCAAGCGCUCAGGCAUGGCGUUUAAGCAGAUGGAGCAGAUAUCCCUGUUUUUGAAAGCUGCAGAACAGUACGGAGUCGUCAAAACAGACAUGUUUCAGACUGUGGACCUGUUUGAAGGUAGGACAACCAGAGCUCAUUGUGUUAAUAGGACAGAGUCUUUGUUAGCAGUGGCUGACUGUCCACUAAAUGUAUGUAUUUAGUUUGAUUAGUAUUUGGGAAAGGUUGACUUUUACUUAUAUUGUGUCAAAAAUUUUAAACUCAUGUGCCAACAUACUGUCUCAUAUUGUAGACAAAAAUAUGAAAUAAUAGGAGACAAUGGCAGUAAUAAUUUGAACAGGGUAGAGUAAGAGAGACUGUUUAUGUUAAGAAAAUCUGAGAUCUAGUUUGUUCAUACUGAAAGACUUGAAAGAAACGCAUCAUCAAAAAAAAGGACAGAAAAUACAUGAAAAGUAUCUCAUAGAUCUGGAAAAUUCUGUGUUGAGAAACAACAAAACGCUAUCCUAAAUUAUCUUGAAUUUUUACUUUAAGAGUCCAGACCUGAAAUAUCUUAUCUGUUGUUCUGAAGGUGUCAGUUAAAAAAAAUUAAAGAAAGAAAAAACUUUAUAAGAAGAAGGCAUGUUAAAAACUAUCUCUACAAAAUCAUACUUUGCACCUAAACAAAUGGGAUGAUUGUCUGCAAAUUUGAUCACAUAUAAAGAAAAAGGGCGCUUUUCGGGCAAGUCAGGGCGCAAAUCUCUGUUCCUAGUAAACUUCAGAGCACAUCUCAAGUUGUUGCAUGUUUUCAGCUAAAGACCUGGCUGCUGUCCAGAGGACCCUGUCAGCUUUGGGUAGCUUGGCUGUCACAAAACUGGAUGGCACUUACAAAGGGGACCCCAACUGGUUCCACAAGUAAGUUAUUAUUAUUAUUAUUAUCAUUAUUAUUAUUCUUUUUUAUCCUUUUAAUGUACAAUAGUGUCUCUAUGACAAGUCAGUCCGACUACAGGAUGUUUCAGUACGCUGACGGAUACAUGUGUUUGUGCAGAAAAGCCCAGGAGAACAGAAGAGAGUUUACAGAGGAGCAGCUGAAGGAAGGCCAGAGUGUCAUUGGUCUGCAAAUGGGCACAAACAAAGGAGCAUCUCAAGCUGGAAUGACAGGAUACGGACAACAGCGGCAGAUCCUGAACCCCUGAGCAUGAGCAGGGCUUAAACCCUUCUCUCUCUCUCUCUCCCUCUGUCUCUCUUUCGCUCUCUUUUUGUGAGGCUGACGGGACAGAGAAACUUUUGCCGCCUGACUGUUUUUUCUGAGAUAGAACUGGACCAAAACAGGGACCAACAAAUGUGCACAUAUACAACACACACUUAUAUAAAUAGAUACCUGUGACAUUUACACAAUGGAAACUGUAAAUACAGUUUUUUCUUUUUUUAAAAAUCAUUCCAGUUGUUUUGCAUAUUUGCUUUCCAUGUCUGCCAUCUGUAAUAACUCCAGAUAGAUUUCAUGUUUGCCACACAUCCGGAGAUUCCACUUUAUAUAAGUAUCAACUUGCAGAGACUUGUUACUCACUAAGGAGAAGCAGCCCAUUGUGUAGCUUUGCGCUCAAGUUCAGCGGUGACAGAACUGCAGCAUGUUAUUCAAUCAGGAGCUGUUCAAAACUCUGCUUUUGGUGCAUUCAAGGACCACUCUAUGCCUGGGAUUUUAGAGCUGUGAAAAUAUGUGCAACAAACCCAUUCAUUAUUUAAUUUUUUACAGUAAUCUUUCUGUUUAUCUGGGAAUAUUUGUCUCAUAACUAGCUUUUAACAUCCCAUGAAAUCAGAGUGUCCUUGAAUGCAUUACCAAAACUGUUUGUUUACACUUCACCAAAAUGGAAUAAAACAGAGAAAAUUGAUGUUUUGUUCAAUCUGAUUAAUUAUUUUUAUCUUUUUUUGUGGCAACCAGUAAAAAUAAGCACAAACUUUGAUGUUAAUAGCAAAUGAGUACAGCUGAGUGUAAUGUUUUUCUUUAUUAGAUUAGCCCACUUUAUAAGAACGGAAAAAGAUAUUUGGGUUUUAUUUGCUCUUAGUUAUCUGAUCUUUAAUCAGUUGUUGGACCUUGUUUUCAGAGUUUAAUAUGUCGCCCAGAAUGAGAAUAAUUGUGAAAUAAAAUUUGAUUUUCCUGUGAAGAAGCCUCUCGUGUG